AAUGCUGUCUGCAGAAAAGUAUUUGAAUUUAAUGGUUAUACUACUUUGGUUGUUUAAAAUUUGUUGUCAAAGCAAAAGCGUAAAUUUUUGUUACGAUGCUUCAUACAAAGGACGGAGACUGCAAGGACAUAUUUUUAAGAAAACCAAAGUACAGAUGGAAUUGGAAUGCAUCUACUUUUGCGCUAAAGAGCCAUGUUGUCGGUCUGUAAACUACAGGAGACAGUUAAGUCAAGGACUUUCGAGUCUUUGUGAAAUGUUACAUAGUGUCAUCAACGAUAGCAAUGAAAAGAACUUAAAACAAAGUCGAUUUUACGAUUAUAUUUUCUUUAAUUCACCCGUCAAGAUGUACAACAAAACCUGUGAGCUCCUAACGCCCCUUAACAAAAGUCACGAGCUACUCUUUCCCAGUGCCCAUUUGGAAAAUGUGAUUUUAUUGGAGAAUAAGAUUCCUAAAAUGUUGGAGAUGACGUUGAUAUUUUGGAUGAACACUGACGCAACUCAGCAAAUGGCGUUGUUUUCUUAUGCUGUAAAAAAUAGUCCUGGUGAGCUUUUUGUCGGAAUUCAAAAGGAAAAGAUGAUUUUCACCGUAAAAUCAAGUGAUACAUUACACCUUCAUAUUUCUCACACCAUCAAUGAUAACCAUUGGCACUACUUUGUCAUCAUCAUCAAUCGGAAGACGAAAAGGAUAUUUCUUGACCAUAAAACUAUUCUCAACGAAGCCUUUGGUGAUGAUGAAUUAUUUGGUGGUGGUGUCGUUGCUAUUGGUCAAAAACUGGAGUGCGAUAAAGCGUUUUUUAAUAGCAAAUGGUCUUUUAAGGGCAAAAUAAGCUCUUUGAAUAUGUGGAGCCGUGACGUAAUGCGUGACGUAUCGUGUUCAAUGUUUUGGUUUAACGAUAGCUGCGUUGUUAAUCUCAAUAAGCCUGUGAUUGCAUGGAGUGAUCUAGACUUUUUCACAAGUGGCAAUGUCUCUAGAGUGUUAACAUUUGAUUGCAACUUUCCAGAAUCUUUGGGCAUGGAAAAUAAUGAAAUACCUGAUAAUGCUAUUACUGCGUCAUCUGAAUUUGAUUAUCUCCAUCUGUCCAAAUUUGCUCGAUUGAAUAACGGUAAAAGCUGGUCACCAUUAAGAGAUAAAAAAAUGUACUCAUGGCUUCAAGUUGACUUUGGUAAAGUUGUAACUGUAACCGGUGUUGCAACUCAAGGUGCUUCAACUAUACACGGUGAAUGGACCAAAACUUACUCAAUUGCAUACAGUAAUAACGAGAGAAUAUGGUCAUAUUAUCAUGAAAAUGGAUCUUCAAAGGUUUUUAAAGGAAACAACGAUAAAAGUACAAUUGUCAAAAAUUUUUUUUCGUCACCAAUAACUUGCCGCUUUGUUCGUUUUUUACCAAAGACAUUUGAAUCAUUUCCAACGACAAGGAUCGAAUAUUAUGGGUGUAAAGUGUGAAAAAAAUAGUUAAAGUAACUGGAAAACAUUACUUGUCUUGUACCUAAUAUAUAUCCAUAUGAAAAAAUUCUUGUUUCUUAUUUUUUAAGAGCAGUACGUGCAAUUUUUUUGUGAAAUGCCUCUGUGAAAAAUAGAAUACCCUUGAAAAUUUCUUUUCGAAGUGCUCAUGGUUGGUUGAUGAAACCAAGAAUAAACAAAAAGUGUUUAUUAAAUAAAAACAUUUCAAAGACGAUAAACCCAAAUUUUUGCAAGCAAAAUAAACAAAAAUGGCUGGUGUAAGUUUUAA